GUUCAAGGUAUUAAAAUGAAACAUUCCAUACAUGGCUAGCUUAACUGGAUAAAAGCAGACGAUGAAUACCAGUUUGAUACAUUGAACAGACCACUAGCAGGAUAAAACUGGUUUUAGCUGGUGUUGUGCCAUGGUUUAAGACAGCUAGGUGAUAACUAAUUGGUGAAAAUCUUCAAAAUGGUUACACAGACAGAAUCUGAAGAGUGUGAACCUAAGCAAAUGGUACAUGUUGGUAUUCAACAAAAUUCUCAUAUAUUACCGCCUCCUGAUCCAGGAUUUAGUUCAGGAUAUACGUCAUUAUAUUCUACUGAUGACGUAAACAUGACAUCAUACUUGUCUCCUAAUGAUUUACAAGUAGCCCAUGGUAUUAGCCCGUCUACAAUAUCAGAAGAAACUAUGAUACUAUUAAAUGAACAGACUAACCCAAUUCAACAGGAAUAUCCAUGUUCAGGUGAACUAAUUGACGAUAAUAUAAUAACCAAUGGUCUUGAUAACCAACAUCUGAACAUCAACAUAGAACAAUGUGGAUCAAGUUUAUAUACUGUUGACAUGGUGAAUGGUAACAUUAGCAAUGACUAUAAGGAGCCGAAUCUCACAUUCGCAUUAACCAACGUUGACAAUUAUCAUGUUGCUGAUGACGUUUAUUAUGAGGAUAACGUAAACGGCAAUUGGAAUGAUAAUAUUCUAGUUAGUAGCGAUAAUCUCAGUCAAGAUUCUUCUAUAGCCUAUAUCCCAUUGGAAAAUCUCAGUCAAGAUUCCUCCAUAGCUUAUAUCCCAUUGGAAAAUCUCAGUCAGGAUUCUAUAGGCGAUAUCCCAUUGGAAAAUCUCAGUCAAGAUUCCAUAGGCGAUAUCCCAUCGGAUACAUUUGACAACACUGAAUAUAUGGAUACAGUAUCUAGUGUUGAUAGUAGUAAAUAUCUCAUCUCUAUCAGCGAUGAAAGUGAAACAUAUUCUCACCAUGAAGUGUCUGUAGCAAAUGAUGAAUCACAUAUUAAAGAAACGACUUCUAAAUGUGAGAUUUUAACUCUACUAGAUAUGACAGCAUUAGAUCUAGAAACUCAGACAAUCCAUGAUAAACAAGAAUUUAUCGACCCCCUUAUCCAUUCUGUUCCGGAUAUCUCUAAAUUUGGCGCAUUACAUCAUGCAGGUUCCAUGUUUUUCAAUGACCACAAAUCUUCCCAACCGUUACUGUUUCCUGGAUUUGGUGAUAAAGAUAUAAUUAGCGAUGGUACGUCACCAGAUAAUGAACUGAUAAAGAAAAUAUGCAAUUCAGAAGAUAUUAUACCCAGCAACAAAUACAUGAGAAGUCUUUUAGCAAUUGGUAUUGCUUUGGCCUUUAUGAACAUUGCUAUUGGAUCGGUGCGUAAUCUUCAGAGUAGCAUUAACCAUGAAGGAGGUGUUGGUAUGAUCUCACUCAUCUGUAGUAAUGUUAUGUUUAUGGUAGUUAGUAUAUUCAGCUCUGUCAUCGUCCAGCACGUUCAACCUAAAAAGUGUUUCUUGUACAGCUUAAUUCCACAAUUAUUAUAUAUUAUCUGUAAUAUAUACCCUAAUAUCUGGUUGAUGGGGAUUACCUCAGGUCUUCAGGGAUUCUCUCUAGCUAUAUUGUGGAAUGCAAUGAGCACGUACGUGACAUGUUUAGCCCGUGGACAUUCUGUUAAACACCAAGAAGACUUCGAUUCAGUUUCCUCCAAAUAUUUUGGAAUAAUAUGUUUUUUCUGGCAGGCCUCGAUGAUCUUUGGUAAUCUUAUCGCUUCCGUGGUACUCAUGACCAACAAAGACUCGACAACUGUGGAUGGAAUCGUACCAAUAAAUGUACAAAAUACGUCAUAUCCAUACGAUGUAAAUAAUGUAACGUCUAGUGAUUAUAACAAUGUCAGUUCCACAUGCCAUCUCCACCUGUGUGGUUCCUCACACUGCCAUUACUAUGAAAUGCCGACUGCUGAAACUCCCGUCACAGAUAUGACUAAGUAUAUUUUAUUCAGUGUAUAUGGAGUAUUUGUGAUAAUUGCUGUGGUUGUAACUGCCUUUUGGUUGGAACCAUUAAACAAAGAUAUAGUAUGCCGAUCGGUUUUAACAUUCAAAAUAGUGGACACUCGUCUCAAAGCAGUUUUUAAAUUUCUCAUCACCCCCCAGUUCCUGUUUCUGGUGCCAUUGUUUCUCUACAGUUCUAUGGAAGUAGGAUUUGCUACCGCCGACAUGCUCAAGGCCUUUGUAACGUGUCCAUUGGGUAUUCAUAUGGUGGGCUAUACUAUGGUAUGUCUAGGAGUAUGUGCUAGCAUAGGAUCUUAUUUAACCGGAGCACUAAACAAAUUAGUUGGGAGAACAGCGAUACUUUGUUUUGCAUCUGUUGUUAACCUGGGAUUGUUAUUGUUUAUGGCUCUAUGGAAACCCGACCCUGCCAAGCUUUAUGUUUAUUUCUUACUAAUGGGUGGUUGGGGUCUGGCAGAUGGUAUAUGGUUAUCCCAGACAACGGCGUUGGUUGGUGUGUUGUUCCCUGACAAUUAUGAAGAAGGUUAUACCGGCUUACGAAUUGUUCAGGGGUUAGGUAUCACUAUAUCUUUUAGUUACGCUCAAGGCUUCUGUAUGAUGACCAAAAUUUACAUACUUGGCUUUGCGUGUGUGGUUGGUAUGCUCGGUUAUUUUUUGUCAGAAUUUUAUAGAGCACGUCACAUUCCUAGAACAAAGAAGUUGGAUGUCGAGAUAGUUUAAAUUCUUCAUGAUGGUAUAGAACAUUGUCUCCUUUCAAGAUCUUUAUUUUUAUUUUAUUUUAUUUUUUUUGAAAUCCUGCAUCUUUUUUUUUUUAAAGGUGAAUAUUAAACAUAUCGUACGUUUUAUUUUUUUUUUAUAUAGUUAUAUAUGUUUUAUUUUAUUGUUAUACAAUAUUAAAGAUAAUUAUGGGUAAUUUUAUUACUUUAUUUACCGGUAUUUUGUCACGUGCUAAAAUCACCUGUUAUAUUUGAAUAGUUAUGAAAGGGUAACAGCUAUAAAGGCCGAGUCGUGUGCCAAAAAAGAAUCUAAAAAGAAAAAAAAGAAAAAAAACCUCAAAAAGGAAGUAAUAAAAUUAAUCCUAAAGGCCGAAAUUGCCAAUACCUGGGUAUUAAAAUGCACAGUGGGCAUAAACCGACCGACUUGCUCUUUAUGACCUUUUAGGUUUAUAAUGAUGUUAAUGUUACCUCCUCAUACUAUAUAUAUACAACGCUUUCGUUUUUGAAGGUUUUAUUAUUUAAUGCUAUGCAUUAUUCCUAUUAUAUAAAUAUGUGUGUGUUUGUUUACCGGACUUUUUAUCUAGUGCAAUUGUUAAUAGUUAUAGCUUACCAUGGCCACUGUGUAGUUAUAGCCUACCAUGGCGGCUACUGUGUAGUUAUAGUCUACCAUGGCGGCUAAUGUAUAGUCAUAAUCUAGCAUGGCGGCUAGUGUAUAGUUAUAGUCUACCAUGGCGACUACUGGGUAGUUCAUUUUAUAUAUAUAUAACAUACACAAUGUUACAUCUAUCAUAUAAAAAUUGAGUGUGGCAAUAUAUUUUUAAUUUUAAUUUUCUUCAAAGAUGCAGUAUGUAAGAUCUAGAUAAAGAGCUGACAGUGCUCGCUAUAAUAGUUAAAAGAUAGAUAAUGAUAAGGGAAUAUGUUAAAAGUUUCUGUCAAAUUACUGGGCAUUAGAAGAGCAGUGUUGACUCGAUUGCCAUUGCUACCGUUGUUACUACAAUAAACAAAGUCGUUAUUCUCCAUUUUUUCAUUAAAUCAUUAAAGCUACAAUUUCAUAUUUUUAAGUUAUAUUUUUAAUAUUUAUUAAAAUAAAGCCCUAAAAUAGAUGGUAUCCAUAAACCGUCCUACCUUGUUAAAGAAUAAUCCUAUUAAUCCUAUAAUUCACUAUUGCCAGCUGAGAAAUUGGCAAAAAUAUCAUUUUCAACUUCAAAUUCCAACGUUUCAAGGUAGCUAAUGCAUGGAGGCAAUAUGAAAACAAGGGAGGUAAUUGUGUUAUUAUUUCCUGUGUCAAUGAUUUUUAAGGGUGGGAAAUAAUGCCCAUGGUCGUAUAAUAGUGAGUUGAUAACCUAUUGAGCAAAUGACAUAGAAAUAAUUAUGUUUUGACUUUCUUAGAAAAUAUGAAAUUCUCGCUUUAAGGUCAAAAGAAAGAUCUGCAUUCAGGAAAUUUAGCUCUUACAUAAUGCAUCUUCAAGAGAUCAAUAAGUUUCACUAUAAAUCUAUAAACAUUGUUCAACGACAGUGAUACAUUGUUCGCGCAAUUCGAGUAUGUAUAUAAAUAUUGCUCGAAUAUCAAUAGGUAAAAGCAUCUCGGCACAAUCCUUAUUUAAAUACAGUGGUUGUGUUCUGAGACAAAAUAUGUUAUUGAUGAUGAUUGUGUUUAUUAGGGUUUCACACUUCGAAGCUUGUAUGAAACAUUGUUGUUUUUGUUGUGAUUAUUUUUUACCCCAUAUCUCAAAAAGUACUAAUUCUUUGGCAUACUGUUCUUACAGUAUGUCAGAAUUUAAACCUCCUUCUUUUAUCCGUUUUAUUUUUGGCACAUCUUCGCAAUUAUUUUGUGCCAAUGAUCGAAAUUUUACAAACAUAUUAUUGAUAUUUUGUAUGAUAUUUUACAAUAUGUGGUGUGGUGACCGGAAUGUAAACACAGUUUGUUCUCGUUUAUUUCUCUUAUCCACAACUUGUUUAACGAGUUACGUGGUACAGAGUGUAAAUGUCUUUAUUACCGAAAAUGUAUUCGUUCGACAUGCAUUUAUUAUGGACAAUCCAACCGGACUACUUAGCUACUGUGAACUAUUUAAUUAUUUAUACUCGGAAUUUUCAUAAACAUAUAUCAUAUAUAAUUAUUAUAUAAGAUCAAGAGUAAAUCAAAACUUUGUUUCUAAUUUCUUCAGUUUCCAAGAAAUAGUCAACGCGCUUUACAAGUGAAAGGUAACAAAACAGCGCGAACGGAAAUCCGGGAAAAAUGAUCUUUUUAAAAAAUGAAUUAUGUUGUUUAUAUUGUUAAGACGAGGAAUUCUAUUGAAUUUUUUAAACGCUGUAGCAAUAAAAGUUAUCAUAUGGGUAAUAUUAAAAUUUGCGAAACGAAGGAGCCCAUUCUACUUCAACAAUUUCCGUUAAUUUCUUUAGGGUUCGUCUAACCUCUUGGGUUUUCUCCGGGUCUUCCGCUUUCAUAAUAUUGCUAAAGACCCCUACGAGCAACCGAAUUAUUGAAAUAAAAGUGAACAACAUGUUACUUUUGAAUUGAACUAAUUUGUGUCGACUGGAUGUUACCCCCCCCCCCCCUCUCUCUUUCUUUCUCUCUCUCUCUCUCUCUCCAACCUGUGGGUUAAUCUUUCGUUGCCUGGCAACGACCCUUUUUGUUAAUCAAACCGAUUGAACACUCAACAACAAAAAAAAAAAUCAUCUGUAAAGCCUGCAUAGUUGUAUUUUUAUGCAGUUAUAUACACAAAUAUUGAUAUAACUUCAUGUUUUUUUUAUGUAUAUAGACAUUCCCCUGUGCCAUACCCAUUUUAACGUUAUGUCAUGGACCAUUGUACAUAUCUACAUAUUUUUUUAUCGUGUAUGUUUAUAUAUAUUUAUUUAUACACACUAUUAAAAUCAAAUUAUUUUUCUUC